GCGGGAGCCCAGCCGACGAACACGGGAGAAGCAGGCGGCCCCAUCGCUUUCGUUUCCCGGCUCCGGCGCCAGCGCCCGAGUAGGCGCACCCCGCUCCGUUCCCCGCCAGCGUCGGCGCUAGGGAGCGCAGAUGCCCCGCCGCGGCCGGCUGUCGCUGUCGCUGCUGUUGAGUUGCAUGGCGCAGUCCCCGCCGAGGCGCGCCGAGCGCUGCUUCGUAGCCGAGCUGCCCGGCUCGGAGCUGGUCUAUUUCACCUGCAGCCGUAGCGCGCCUCUGGGAGCCGCGGCGCUUCGGCCCCGGGGCUUCCUGCCGCCGCCGGGGCGCUGCUAUUCCUUCUGCAUUCCCCCCGCGCAAAGCCCCCGCGAGCGGGUCCGGGCCGCCCGGCUGCACGGGCAGCUGCAGCAGAGGCUGAGCCGGGCGCCUCUCGGGGCGGGUGCGCGGGUGCUGCCGCUCCUCUCCUACAGCCCCGCGGACGCCGCCGCGCCAGAGCCGGGCUUCUUGGUGCAGGCGACGCAGGCGGCGGCGGAGGCCGAGCGCGCCUUGGAGGAGCUACUGCGCCUCCACCUGCCGGCGCCGGUGCACCUGAGCGUGUACGAGGAGGCCGCGGACGGGCAGGUGUGGCGCACUCUGUGGCGCCUGCAGGGGGCGCCCGAGGGCAAGGAGCUGCUGGGCAGAGUGCGCGUGCUGCCGGCCCCGGAGCCGCUCAGCCACCCGGCCGCCGCUCACCUGCUGGGGGCCGCCGUCUUCGGCUCCCGGGAGGCCGCCCGCGGGGUCCUGGAGGAGUGCACUUCUCUAAUUCCUGAAGCCAAAGCAGUCCUUGAUCUUGUGGAUAAGUGCCCUAAACUUCCAAAAAAGGGAGAUUUUCCUGUGAUAGUCAUUGAGGGACUGGAUGCAACAGGCAAAACCACAGUAACUCAGUCACUGAGGGACUCCCUGGGGGCCGUUCUCUUGAAAACUCCUCCAUCUUGUGUCAGCCAGUGGAGAAAGACUUUUGAUGAUGAACCAACGCUUGUUCGAAGAGCAUUUUAUGCUCUGACCAACUACAUUGUUGCUUCCGAAAUUGCAAAAGAAUCCACUAAGUCACCUGUGAUUAUAGACAGGUUUUGGCACAGCACCGCUGCUUAUGCAAUUGCCACAGAAAUAAGUGGAAAAGUGUUGAAUCUCCCUCCACUGCAUCACCCAGUGUACUGCUGGCCUGAAGACCUUCUAAAACCAGAUGUGGUCAUACUGCUAACGGUUAGCCCUGAGGAACGGAUCCGGAGACUGCAGGAACGAGGGAUAGAGAAAACAAGGGAGGAGGAAGAGCUGGAAGCGAACAGAUUCUUCCACCAAAAAGUCGAAGGAUCGUACAGAAGGAUGGAGAACCCUUCAUGUGAACUAGUUGAUGCCAGUGGUUCCAGAGAACAGGUUCUCGAGGAUGUUCUACACCAGAUUAAAAAGCAUUUUCCUUUACUAUAGUUGCUUAUGGAAGCACUACGACUGAUACUCUUGCACACUCCAAAAUUCCCUAGGAAAAGAGUCGUCUCUGUUGAAUAGUAAUGUUACUAUUUUCAUUUGUCUAAAAAAAGAAGAUCAAAAUAAGGGGUGAUUCCCCCCUCAAAGAAUCCUAGGAAUUAUGAGAGAUUCCAACAGAUAAUUCUUUAUACAGCCGAGCCAAAUCAUAAGCGCAUGCUUAAUGAAAAAUUGUUCUCUAGACAUGCAUCUUCCACAUCACAAAUUGCUUUGGGUCUGCAAAAUAUCCAUCUGGUUUAAAUAAGGAAGUUGAUUUAUGAUGCCAUGGAGUAACUGUGCCAGAUCUGAUCAACUGAACAUGUAACUCCUGGAGAAUGAAUAAAUUGUCUUACACAUAUCAAAACUGCCUUUACCACUUUGUGGAAAGUUACACUGAUCCAUCUCAGGGGGUUAAUGCAUAUUCUUGCAUUCAUACAUACAUACAAAGCCAGACUUGCACCUGGUCUGACACCUGGGGCAAAUAACUAUAGCUUUGGGGCAGCAACACGACUACCCAAGAGUAGUCUUAGAGCAGAACCACAAGUGACAAAAGGCACAGAUUGGACACUUGUCAGCUUCCCUCAAGUUUUGAUGGGAAAUGUAGGCAUCCUGGUCUCGCAGCUUCGCUCUCUGACUGCUGUCCAAUGGACUUUUCAACUGUCACUUG